UGCAGGCCGAAAUAAACCCCAUAUAUGUCAUACAAACGCGCCAUACGCUAUUUCUCUCUGGGCCGUGUGCGCGUCCGCCACCUCUCCGCCGAGCGCUUCAUUCGUGCCGGAGAGAAUGACAUAGCUGGCGACAGACCCUGCGAGGCCUCCGCUUUCACAUUAGUGGCGGUGGCAAAAGGAUUCACGGUCAGUACAUGUUCUCCACUGGCGGACAGCAACAACAUCUCUGCGCUUGUGUUUGCGGGGAAGAGCCAGCAGAAGCCGUGGAGAUAGGCCUGGCACUCCAGUCUUAUUUAAAUUAGGCUCUGCUUGUUGGGUGUGGCACCACCAUCUGGAGUUUGGUGUGUCAGUCGGCCCGCUGUUUACUCCCAGCCUCCGGCCGUGCAACACGGCGCCAGCAAACCUCUCCUCUCUUCGUCAAAAUUUCGUCCAGGGGGAUAAAUGAGUGAACCGGUCGUAAGGGAAAGGGCUGGAACAUGUACCAGAACCCUGACAGAAUGUCCUGGUUCAGUGGUCUCCUAGUUGCCCGAGUGGACGACCGCAAGACUGCGUGGGGUGAACGCAAUGGCAAGAAGUCCAAACGGAAGGGAGGCUCUUCUCUCUGCAGCCCGCGUUACAUGAGCUGUCUGCGGGACCCGGAUGCUAUGGAGCCCCCUUCCGGAGCCCCCCUCCCUCAGCACCAUCGUGGAGGGGUGGCCGGGGCUAUCGGAGGUGGGGGGAACUUCGGCGUCCGCUGCGGAUGGCAGGAGGAUCACUACGGCAAGAGGGGAGGGGCUCUCGGGGAAGGGGUGGGGCUGAAAUCAGUUGACUUGGGCUUCGAGGAUGGCGAAUUGAAAGACAGGAAAGGGGGAUGCAACGGAGGAAGCAGCGACAUGGGAGAUGAGAGUCCCAACGGGGCAGGAGGCGUGGUGACGGCAGCAGACUGCUGGCUCAGGGUGGUGCGUGUAUUCCAGUCGAAAAAAUUCCAGUCCCGCAAACUGGAACGCCUUUACCAGCGUUACUUCUUUAGGCUGAACCAGAGCUCAUUGACCAUGCUCAUGGGAGUGCUUGUGAUCGUGUGCGGCAUCAUGCUGACCUUCCACUGUGUCCAUGCCGCUCCGGACGUGGCCUACUCAUCAGCCCUGUCCGUGGCCAUGGCUCUCUUCAUGGCUCUCAUGGUGGUUUGCAACCGCAACGGCUUCCACCAGGACUACAUGUGGAUGGUCAGUUACCUGGUGAUUGGAGUCCUGGUGUCGGUGCAGGUGUUUGGAGUCUUCAUGGUGGCGCCCAGGAGUGCUUCAGAAGGAAUCUGGUGGUCUGUGUUCUUCAUCUACAUCAUCUACACGCUGCUUCCCGUCAGGAUGAGGGCUGCGGUGCUGAGUGGAGCGGUGCUGUCCAUCAUUCACGUAGUGACCACAUGGCAGAUGAACCAGGAAGACAAGUUCCUCUGGAAACAGGUGAGUGCCAAUGUCCUCAUCUUCCUGUGCACCAACAUCAUUGGCAUCUGCACCCACUACCCGGCGGAGGUUUCCCAGAGACAAGCGUUUCAGGAGACCAGAGGCUACAUCCAGGCCAGGCUCCACCUGCAGAGGGAGAAUCAGCAGCAGGAACGUCUGUUGCUUUCAGUGUUGCCAAGGCACGUUGCCAUGGAGAUGAAGGCUGACAUCAAUGCCAAGAAGGAAGACAUGAUGUUUCAUAAGAUCUACAUCCAGAAACACGACAAUGUCAGUAUUCUGUUUGCAGAUAUUGAGGGUUUCACCAGCCUGGCGUCCCAGUGCACAGCCCAGGAGCUGGUCAUGACGCUCAAUGAGCUCUUUGCCCGAUUCGACAAGCUGGCGUCGGAGAACCAUUGUCUCCGCAUCAAAAUUUUAGGCGAUUGUUACUACUGCGUGUCGGGGCUGCCGGAGCCGCGCGCCGACCACGCCCACUGCUGCGUGGAGAUGGGCGUCGACAUGAUCGAAGCCAUCUCGUUGGUGCGUGAGGUGACGGGGGUCAACGUCAACAUGCGCGUGGGCAUCCACAGUGGGCGUGUCCACUGCGGCGUGCUGGGACUCAGGAAGUGGCAGUUUGACGUGUGGUCGAAUGACGUCACGCUGGCCAAUCACAUGGAGGCUGGGGGCAAAGCAGGGCGGAUCCACAUCACCAAGGCAACACUGCAGUACCUGAACGGAGAUUAUGAAGUGGAGCCGGGCUACGGAGGGGAGAGGAACGCGUACCUGAAGGAAAACAGCAUCGAGACCUUCCUGGUUCUGGGCUGCAGCCAGAAACGGAAGGACGAGAAGGCGAUGAUGGCGAAGAUGCAGCGGACGAGGGCCAACUCUAACGAGGGGCUGAUGCCACGCUGGGUGCCCGACAGAACCUUCCCCCGGACAAAAGACUCCAAAGUCUUCAGACAAAUGGGGAUUGAUGAGUCCUCCAGUAAAGAUAACCGAGGCGUUCAGGAGGCCAUGAACCCAGAAGAUGAGGUGGAUGAAUUUCUGGGGCGAGCCAUCGAUGCUCGGAGUAUUGACCAGCUCAGAAAAGAUCACGUCAAGAAGUUCCUCCUCACCUUCCAGACGUCUAGUCUGGAAAAAAAGUAUUCCAAGAAAGUUGACGACCGCUUUGGGGGAUAUGUUGCCUGUACUCUGCUAGUAUUCUGCUUCAUUUCUUUCAUACAGAUUGUCGUCUUUCCACACACUCCAGUGAUGCUGGGAAUCUACAUCAGUAUCUUCAUCAUCCUCGCCAACAUUCUCUUCAUCUGUGCCAUAUACUCAUGCAUCAAGCUCUUCCCAGCUGCAAUGCAAACCGUUUCAAAGAAGAUUGUCCAGUCUCGCACCAACAGCACCCUGGUUGGAGUUUUCUCCAUCAUCCUCGUCUUCAUCUCUGCCUUUGUUAAUAUGUUUGCCUGCGACACCCAGAGCUUGACAGAAUGCGUCGCUGAGAAGCUGAACACGUCUGCAGGCCUGGUGACGCCGUGUCUGAUCCGCAGCUUGAAUGUGUCCAUCGAAGGAGGUUUGGAGAUCUGCCCCAGCCAAGGCCCCUCCUGCCCCUUUCCCGAGUAUUUCAGCUACAGUGUGCUGCUGACGCUGCUGGCCUGCUCAGUGUUCCUGCAAAUCAGCAGCAUAGGGAAGCUGGCCCUCAUGCUGCUCAUCCAGCUCACCUUCCUGCUGCUCGUGGAGUGGCCACAAGUAGCACUAUUUGACAACGCAGACCUCUUCGUCACCUCCAAUGCCAUUGCUUUAAAUGAAACCAGUUGGUCCAGUUUCAAUGAAACUACAGUUGAGUGCCCAUACUCUGUGACCAAAGUGUCCCUGCGGGUCAUGACCCCUGUGAUCCUCACAGUCUUCGUCCUGGCGCUGUACCUGCACGCACAGCAGGUUGAAUCCACGGCUCGCCUCGACUUCCUCUGGAAACUGCAGGCUACCGAGGAGAAGGAAGAGAUGGAGGAGCUGCAGGCCUACAACCGUCGCCUCCUUCACAACAUCCUGCCCAAGGACGUGGCUGCUCACUUCUUGGCUCGAGAACGGCGCAACGAUGAGCUGUACUACCAGUCCUGUGAGUGCGUAGCCGUCAUGUUCGCAUCCAUCAGCAAUUUCUCCGAGUUCUAUGUGGAGCUGGAGGCCAACAACGAGGGGGUGGAGUGUCUCCGGCUGCUCAACGAGAUCAUCGCCGACUUCGAUGAGAUCAUCAGCGAAGAGAAGUACAGGCAGCUGGAGAAGAUCAAAACCAUUGGUUCCACCUACAUGGCGGCCUCCGGUCUUAACGACUCUACUUACGACAAAGAGGGUCGUUCUCAUAUUACUGCGCUAGCAGACUAUGCUAUGAGACUGAGAGAGCAGAUGAAGUAUAUCAACGAGCAUUCCUUCAACAACUUCCAGAUGAAGAUAGGUCUGAACAUUGGGCCAGUGGUAGCAGGAGUCAUUGGCGCCCGGAAGCCCCAGUAUGAUAUUUGGGGCAACACAGUAAAUGUGGCCAGUCGCAUGGACAGCACAGGUGUACCUGACCGCAUUCAGGUGACCACGGACCUCUACCAGGUGCUUGAUAGCAAAGGAUACGUGCUGGAGUGCCGCGGAGUCGUUAAGGUCAAAGGUAAAGGGGAAAUGACGACCUACUUCCUAAACGACGGGCCGCCCAACAGCUAGCAGCCGUGGCAGCAGCGGACGCUGGGUCGGUACCCACUGCAAGGACACGGCACCACUGAGCGAGCACUCACAGCGCGAGCGAAACAGCUGAGAACUACAAUCGCCAUCACUUGAAUCCCAAGCAAAGAGGAAAACGUGAACUUUUAGGACUCCGGAGAAGGGAAAGCGUCCUCGACGGGAGGAGAAAGCUCUUGUUUGACAGCCAUCUCGGCCCGCGUACAUGUUGGAGGACAACGUGUUUUUCUCAUGUCUAGCCUCUCUCUCAGGCUUCUUGAAAGAUGCAAAGUCUGUUUAUUUAAAACAACGCCUUUUAGCCUGUGUGAAAAGAAAAUUAUCGCUGUACAUAAGGCUACUUUUUAUUUUAUUUGUUGUUCUUUUGUUUGGUAAUUUUUUUUUUUUUUUUUUGUUUGUCCGUUUGACACAAUUUAUGAACAGGUACUUUUGUUCCCGCUUUAAUUAUUUAUUUCAGUCUUGAUGUUUUGUGCUAAAGGUCCUUUAUGAAAAAAAGUGUGAACACAUACGUGCACAAAUAUCCAGUUUAUUACACGUUUAUAAGUGUGUAUGUACAUGCAUAUUUGUGUGUGUAUGACUAUAUGUAUAAACUGAGGAGGAAUAUAUUGACCAAAGACUAAAGUAUUUACUAAAAGCAAGGCAGAUAUUGUGAUAUGUUUUCGCUGAAGUCAGCAAUGAUCACCACCUUUGUUUUUUGUUUUUUUGUUUGUUUUUGUUUCGCCCGACUUCUGGCAGUGAAGGCUCAUUUUCAUAAAACACAGAGUUUAUUUAUUUUGUCUGUCAUUUAGGCAGCAGAGAACAGAUUUUUAACUCUAAAUAAUAAAAUUACCCUCAAUCAUUUUAACAGAUGAAAUUAAAAGUGACUAAAGACGACUAGAUAUGCUAUGAGAGGGGUUAUAUAUUUUUAUCUGAGCAAAACAAAGAUCGAGCUCAGAUUGGGAUUAGAGGACUCUCCACUGGUUUGAGUUCCCUUUUGUCUCUUUUCCUUUUCUUUUUAUAAUUUUUUUUUGGGUGGAAAUGAAGGAGCAUAAAUCAGUGAGCUAUUCCAGAACCUCCAGGUAGGGAGGGGCAGAAACUACGGAUUUCAACGCAGUUGCGUCAUGCAGCUUGAUUCUUCCAUGAAGAAGAAGUAGACGAAGGAAAGAAAUAUCCGCUGAUUUCGACUGAAUACUGUGCUUUGUAAUCCUGAAGGGGCAUAACUAUUUUCACUGUGAGGUUUUUAUGAUACAACAAAACUGCUUUCUUGCCAAACAUAACUGCUUUGAGCAUGUCUUACUGUGGUUUCUUUUUCUUUUCUUUUUUUUUACUUUCCGUUUGUUUCGACGUAGGGUAUUUUGUAUAAAUUCUGUACCCAUCAUUUGUAUAUUCUUAGUGUUGUUAUGAUUAUGAUGAUUCUGGUUAGUUAUUAUGCUUAAUUAAUAUGAUGAUUCCAUUUCCGACGAAGAACAGCACGCUUUCUUGUAAAAUUCAAAGCUCACUGGUACCAACGGAUCAGCUGCCGAGUUCUGCUGCUCGCGAGACGGGAUCGGAGUCAGAACCACUGGCCCAGAUAGGAGAGAAAAUUACAGCACCCACAUGAGUCACUGUGUGUUUUAUUUAAUCCACUCCAGUCAGGCUCCAACAGGCCCGUUUUUUUAAAUUUCAGCAGUAAAAAAACCCCACAGAAAUCAUCACUGGUGUUGCUCUGCGUGGACAGUUUGCGCAGGACAGGCAGGUUGAUAAUUUUAUCCGCAUUAAUAUGACAAACCUUUUUACUGUAUGAAACCCAUUAAAAGAAUAUGGAAUCACUACUCACUAUUUUUUAUCAAAAAUAAACAAAUCAGGCUUUUUUUUUUAAAUAAAAAAAAAUCACAGAGAUGACCAUCGAUUAGUUAACAAUUGAAGAUUUCGGUUGUGUAAAGCAUGCGUCCAAAAAUAAUAAGAAUAAAAAUAAGUGAUGUAAUUAAUGGCAUAAUAGUUUUUCAGAUCUGAUUCAAGAAAAAAAACAUGUAAUUACUCCGAGUUGAAGAAACAAAUAUGGAGCCAUGAACUAAAAACUCAUGACUGUUGUAAAAUAUGAAACAGUAUUGAAAAUUAGCAGGACAUCUGUUAAUUUGGGAACACAAAAUAUAGAUAAUUAUGGAAUCAUAAAGUAAAACCAGAACAAUUAAUACUUUGAUUCCUCAGUUGUUUCGACUUUGCUGAAGAAUUAUGUGGCAACCUGCAGUAUUAUCCACAUUUUAUCCUUUCCCCCAUUUGACAGGGAAAAAAAUGAAUUAAUAUUGAAAUUUAAUAUUCAGUUUUUUUUACAGAGCUAUUGUUCUUUAUAUUUUUCUUUAUUUCUUUCAAUGUGAAACAAUUGACCUUCUACAUCAUCUACAAACGGUUUUAGACGAGCAUGAAAACCUUCAGUAACGCUUUCACAAUGUAGCAUUUUCACAAAAACUGAGAAUAGAAAUACAAAAAAUAUGACCACUUCUUAAAUAAUAUAAUAUAUUGAUUAUUGCAGUUAUAAUAAUGUUACCCAGAACAUUAUGUUUUUUGUUGUUGUUUUGACACAUUUGAUGCAUAAACUUAAGUAAAAAUAUGCAAUAAACGCCUGCAAAAUUUAGCUGUAGUUUUCAAUGCUUAUUGAGCAGAAUGCUAUUCAUCAUUUUAUUGUUUUUGCUCUUUAUGGAGAACCACAAAAACAACUAAAUGACAUUAGCUGGUUAGUCAUCCUAUUGUCCGGCUGCUUUACAGACACUUCUAGCUUGCUGGUUGUACUUUGUGUACUGAGUUGCCUUAAUGAAGGCGACACGUGGCGCAUGUUUAGUUUCCACCUCAGCAUCGUCGAUGUUUUUUAUGACCAGAAAUAUUUCCAAUUUGUCUUGUAUUAUUGCGGAGCAAGAGGUGGGAGAGCAACACCAGUGCUACUCAGUUAUUUAAAGUUCGAGCGGAAGCUGUAACUUUUUUAAAAAACGUGUCUGCUUACCCUGCUGACAUGAGUCAAAAAUGAAGAAGGGCUUUUUGAAAGUUACUUUAGCCAACCUCAAGCUCCUCGUUGUCUCCAGCAGCAAACAGUUGAUCUCGUUUGUACCAAAGCCAGCUCGAGCAGUCUUGUGCUACGGAGGCCUGGGUGCGUUGGCGGCAUCAGGAGACGCAACCGAGAUCACCAACUAUCACACAAACUGUGACCAAUGGCGAGCCUAAAGCAGAGAGUUUAUAGAAUGGACAUGAGUUCAUAAAGAUGUUCAUUGUAUUUAUUCUAUUUCUACUAGCUGUCCAUGGACUUGUGUUGAUUGUUAACUCUUGGGAUGCUUUCAGGGGAAACGGAAGCCGGGAGGAAUGUGUUCCCCAUACUACUGAAACAGUGUUUUUGCUCAGGCCCGAUGAAUCCUUCUGGUUUGUUUUCUUCUUCUUUUUUUUUUUUGUUCGUAUUUUACCUGAGUUGGAGGAGUUGAAGGGGGAGUGUUUUGCUCAGUUGAAAAGAAGAGUUGAGGACUAUGACAAAGAGAAAAAUAACAUUUCCCCUUGAAGAAAAAAAUAAAAUGUAAAAAAAGUA